AUGAAGGCCGCCCGCCUCCCUCCUCCCCUCCGAGCUCAAUUGCUGCAAGCUCCCCGAAGCUGUCCUCCUCCUCACUCCCUGCUCCACCAGCAAAGACGCACCUUCUUCCCUAAUCCUCUCAGCAGCACAACACCCACGCAGAACCUUACUGCCUCCCGCACACUACCCUACCCGGCCUCCGCGAUCUACUCUAUAAUAGCCGACGUCCCCAAAUACUCCACCUUCCUGCCCUACUGCCAAGAAAGCAGUAUAACACGCUGGUCGUCCCCCGACUCGUCCGGCAAAAGAUGGCCCUCCGAAGCCAAACUCGUCGUCGGCUGGUCCAACAUCACCGAGACAUUCCACAGCCGCAUCUACUGCGUCCCGGAGCGCAUCGUCGAAGCCGUAGGCGGUAACACUGCCACAUCGCUAAAGGGGGACGAGAUCGCCCACCACGACAUCUCCGACCCGUCUCCCAACACCGCGCGCGAAUCUGAGAACAGCCCCUUACUCACGCACCUUCUGACUCGCUGGACCAUCUCCCCAUUCCCCUACAAACCGGCGCCGACGCAGGAUGGCGCGCAGCCUAGACCGCAGGAUAAGACGAACGCGUCGGCGAAGGAGCAGACGCAGGUUAGCCUGAGCAUAGAAUAUCAGUUUGCGAGUCCGGUGUACAGUGCCAUGAGCGCGGCUGUGGCGCCAAAGGUCGCGGGGCACUUGAUCGAGGCAUUCGAGAAGAGAGUGAGAGCGCUGCUGGGUGAGACGGAUAUGGGCGGGCCGGGUAUGGGCGGGACGCAGGAUGUUCCGGGCACAAGAGAGGGCGUGGUUAGGGAUGGGCAGGAGCCGUGA